AAGGUGUCGGGGGUUUCUGACAGAGUGGGACCUCUUUAACGCCAACACGUCUUUGCUGACAUUUACAAGCUCCACAACAAUGUCUGUCACCCAUAUUUAGCCCGCAACACAGUCUUCGCUCCAGAAGAAUUUAGAACAAGAGCUAAAGAGCAGUCUACAUUAACCACAGUUCACCGCAGAGGACAUGUAAAGGCUGCAACAAUGUUGUUCAGAUUCGGCGUCAUCCUCACUCCGGUAUCUUCGUACGCUGAUGUUUUCGUUUUGGGUUCCCGUGAGGAAAUGGGCCACUGGGAUCUGAACAGAGCGGUGCAGAUGACAGCCUCGCGCACACUCCCGUCACCAGACGAACCGUGUCUGUGGGUCGGCGAGGUGGAGCUCUCGGAACCGUUCAGAGAUAAACUGUGGUUCAAGUUCAUUCAGAGAGUCAGAGGGAAUUAUGUAUGGGAAGGCAACGGUCCAGGCCAUGACAGGUGUUGUUUAUUUGAUGAAAGGAACGUGGUGGAUGGAGUGUACUGCCACCCGAUUGGUCACUGGAUAGAGGACACUGGUCACACAGAUGAGAUGAGACACACCACCAACUUUUACUUUAGGGUGGCGGGUCAGAAGGCCAUACAUUGCUCCAGGGUGUUGCCACGUGUGUGGCUGGGCAGCUGCCCCCGACAGGUGGAGCACGUGACAAUAAAGAUGAAGCAUGAACUGGGCAUCACCGCAGUGAUGAACUUCCAGACUGAGUGGGACGUGGUGAACAACUCUCACGGCUGUAGGCGCAACCCUGAGGAGACCAUGACCCCAGAGACCAUGAUGCAUUUAUACAAAGACUGUGGCCUCUCAUAUGUGUGGAUACCCACGCCUGACAUGAGCACAGAGGGUCGGAUCAGGAUGCUUCCUCAGGCUGUAUUCUUGCUCCACGGACUCCUGGAGAACGGCCACACUGUCUAUGUCCACUGUAAUGCUGGUGUCGGCCGGUCCACAGCAGCUGUGUGUGGUCUACUCAUGUAUGUUCUUGGCUGGACCUUGAGGAAGGUGCAGUAUUUUGUUGUGGCUAGGAGACCUGCAGUCUACAUAGAUGAGGAUGCUUUAGUCCAAGCUCAAACAGACUUCAUCCAGAAGUUUGGCCAGCUGCGAUUAUCCUUUUCUCCCUUAGAAACAUGAGACUUCAAAUAUGGAUUUUUUUAAGUUAUGAAAAGCUCUGCUGCAAUUCUAAAAGAACAAAAAGCAUAUGUUCAGAGAGAAAGAUGACAAAAGGGGGGAAAUAACAUGUAACAAAUAAACUGGGAGCUAAUGUAUGUAAAUAAUCCACUUCAGUUGAGUGGCUUUCAAAACGUAGUUGAUUCCUAAGUAUCUAUAGAGAGAGGAAGAGAGAUCGGUCGGCUGCCAGAAUAAAUGCUGCAAGCAAUUAAUCUUACUAUGACGUGUUAGCUUCUCACUUUGCCAUUUACCCCAUAUGGUUAAAACUGGAUACUGUCAUUUUCAGUAUGUGCCUGUGGGGUGUUUGAAAAGACCUUUUCUUUUAGCCUUUUUGCUAGUAAUCAAUAAACAGAGUUGACAUUUUGAAAAGGCAACUUUUAGCUGAUGUGCUGAAUUGCAAUGGGUCGGAGAAAAAUAAGCAAUGUAUAAAACCAACAAUAUAUACUAAGUUUUUUCAUUAUGCCCGGUGACAUAUUGUUAUUUUAGGUGGACAGGAAGCAGGUAAACAUGUAGAGAAAUAUAAAUUCACUGCUGUGUCUCCUCCAACAUGCUGUGCUCCUCAGUAGAGCAUUACCCUGCCGUUCUUGAUGCAUGAUUGUGUACUAUUUUCAAUAGUCUUCUUUUAUAUUUCAGAGGGGGGGAUUUUUUUGUUGUUGUUUGUUUUAUGGAGUUUAUGCUACAUGACAGUGGCACAUCUUGUCAAGGAUCCAAAUCUUUUUCUAAAUUUAAUAAAUCAGCAGGGUCUCUACUUCUCUGUCAGAGGUAUUUGGCUGCCAGACAUCAGCGAAUACAGCUGUCUCUCAGAGCUUGAUAGCAUUUCAUUUUUGAUUUAUCUGACAGAUGCUAUCUCCUAAAUAACAAGUGCGGCAUCCUUCCCAGGCCACUUUAAUGCAUGCAUAAUAAUCCAUUAAGACUGAGGUUUUUUUUGUUGAAUAUGUCAAACUUUUGAUUUAAUUCUUGUUGAGAGAAAAGGUUUUCAUUCAGUCUGAUAUACAAAAUUUGGGAUGUUGUGUGGAGACUGGGAAAGUUUCCUCAAGAAAAAAGUUUUGGACCUCAUCGUUUCUUGUGAGACAGUCCCUGUGCUCCAUGCCAUCAGGGAUAUGUAAGCGGACAGGGCAAUGCUCCUGAGCUAACAGAGGCAAAUCACCUUGGUGUUAUUCUAAAAUUAUUCAAAAUACAGACUAAGGUUAAAUAUUUAUUUUCAGCAGUGGUUUGAAGAAUUGACAUUAUUACAUCUGCAUAUACCUUACUUUAUGUUUACACAUCAUCUUACUGCACAUUUCAAUGGGCAAGUGUAAGUAAAUGAUGUUAUGAUGUACAUUAACAAAAUUUUCACAAGUGGAGCAAAAAUGAUUUAACUUGUAUAUCUUUCCUAGAGAUGAGUUUUGAGUUUCAGGAUAUUUAGUGGAUGUAAAAUCUACAAAUAUAUACAAAAGUUCAAUGGUGCCUUUAGAGACUGCAUAAAUCUAUGGAAUAAAAUAGUAGCUUAAUAAAUCAGGUGUCAGUCAAGUUCAAUAAUCUUACAUAAUAUACUUAUAUACUAUUCACCUCUACAUCUAAAGUUGUAAAUCCUGUUUAGCGUAGGAGUUUGUGCAGUGUACAAAUAACAAAAAACUUAAUAGAAAUGUAGAAGAAUACCAUUAUUUAGUCAUCUGCUGAAAAACGUUGAACCUUUGCAACUUACUAGGCA